GUUGAGUGAACUGCAUGUGACAAUUCGUCUCUCAAACGAGUUAAAAUGCAGUUAUCAUCAAAGGUAAGUGAGGUUUAACAGUUGCAGCUUUUAUAUCGCUACCCGGUACAGCCAGAAGAGGACUGGCCACCCGUCAGAGCCUGGUUCCUCUAGGUUUCUUCUUAGGUUCCUGCCUUUCUAAGGAGUUUUUCCUAGCCACUGUGCAUCUGCAUUGUUUGGGGUUUUAGGCUGGGUAUCUGUAGCCUACAGCACAGUCCAGGGUCCUAAUAAGGCCCUUUGGCUUUGCUCCACUGAAGGAAAAGGCUAGCUAAGUCAAGUCAUAAAAUGUCCAGUUCCUAAUUUUAUAAAUUAAAUGUAAUAUCGACAGCCUAUCAUAUAAAUCAGUGCUACAGUAUUUGAAUAGGAGAAAUGUAAUAGGAAUGCAUUUGGUCUGUUUACAUUUUUGUUAGUGGCCAACUCUUUGACUCACACUACUGAGCCGAGCUGUUCUGUACUGGCCUGGUUACACCUCCACCACAGACUACUUUCUGGAAAGGACAGUGUGAAAAGGGUAUUAUAUAUUAGUGUAGCUUUAACACAGAUGAGUAGGGGAAACUAUAGGAAAACAGCCAGAGUUAGUUAUACAAGUAUCUUUGGCUUUAAUCUGUUGUUGUCCCUCCUUCAGACCCCCAGGGCCCUGGCGGCCAUCUUUGAGAGUCCCAGUGAUGACGAGGACUUCCUGGGUUUUGCCAUGUCACUGCCUAGUGACAGUGAAUCAGACGACGGCAGGGACAGCCUUGCCUCUGAGGACUCUGGGAAGCCGGUGAGUAGCUGCCAACCUUUACCACACACACAGACGCCCGGUGAGUUGGUAAGUCUGUUCAGCCAUUCAGACAGUGAAGGGGAUGAGUUUGAGGGCUUUGGUGAGGCAGAGAGGGUUCAGAAGCAAGAUGAAGGCUAUGGUAUUGAGACCUAACUCUCUUUUCUCUUGGCCCAGCUUUUCUCCUGUUCUCUCCAGUGGUAUGUGUGUAUGGGGAUGCUUGGUUGUACCAUGACUCUUCUUCUCUCCUGUUUUCGGUCGCUCCAGUGCGUAGCGGAGGAGAGUGAUGAGGACACAGGUUUCUACUCCGAGGGGGAGGAGCCAGACACACACAAAAGGAGGAGUCUCUGUGUUGCCUUUAGGUGAGUGUACGAGUGUUCAACUGUGUGUGUGUCUCUCUCUCUCAAAUGGCACCCUAUUCACUAUAUGAUCCACUGCUUUUGAAUACCGUCAUAUGGUUAUUUUUAAAUUAAAGUAAUAAUUCUCUCUGCUUCAGAUUUCCCACCAAAAGACUCUCUGCCCAGAAAGGGGAGGCACCAAAGAAACCCCAGCCAAUCACUACCGCCCCUCCGGAGAGGAGAACCAAUGAAAGGCUGCAUCUGAAAAGGGGUGUGUCUCAGGUGUCCAGUGGGAUGGUGACACGGGGUCAGAAACAACCUCUAAAAAAAGAGGUAGAGGAGGAGAAAGAAGAGAAGGAGGUUGAGUCUCCAGUUCUAAAUAAACGAGCCAAGAACAUCCAGGAGAACAAGGCCAUGGUACAUGAUCUCUAACCACUGACCAAGGUCGUGUUCCGUAGGCAGUUACACUACUGAACACAACCCUGCUGUCUACUUUCCCUGUACCACCUUCUUCCACUGCUCUGAUUUCUCUCUUAUUAUUGUGUAUAUUAGAAGGGUUUUCUCAUCCUGUGUUGUUAUUGUUGUCCUUCAGUUGGCCAAGCUGUUUGCUGACCUGACCAAUAUGGCUGAACUCACCCCCUCUACCACGGUGAGUUAGUACAUUACACACUGGACUGGGCUAAUGGAAUUGGUUCAUAUUGUGCAUGUUUCAGAUUAACUUACUACAUUGUAGUUGGACUGGCGGAAUCUGUAAAUCACCUUGCAUCCCAAAGAUAAGUGGCACUGCACCUCAUCUUGUUCAAACUGAUCCCCUGAAACACGCAGACUUUCUCAGGUGACUCAUGACUUCUGGGUGUUGUAGUUCUGACUGGUGCAUUGUGGGUGUUGUUGUGUUCCAGAAGAAGAGGCGUGUGAGUGAGAAGCCAACCCCUCGUAGACGAGGUGUGUAUGAGGGGGGUGAGAGGAGGAACCCAUCGCGUGCGGCCAGACCGCCAGAGAAGUUUGGGGUGGAGGAGAAGAGUACCUCCCCCUCACGACACAACAGAUCUGUGAGGACUAUUGAUGUCAGGAAACUACUGGAGGUACACGCACACAGUCAUAACGGACGGGCGUACACACACAUAGCUUACAUACGCAUGCUCAAACAAAUACACAUACUCAUUAUGCACACCCUUUGCACAGGUAACUCUUGAUCAUUGUGAUUGAACAGGUAGAUGAUGGUGUGUGUGUGUGUGUGUGGCCAGGUGGAUGAUGAUUUGAGUAGAAGUGGGAGGAAGAGGAGGGCGAGCAGUGGGAAGAGGAGGAAGAUUACACAUGUGAGAUCAGUCGACGAGAUCACAGAGGAAGAGCUGGACAAUGUGGCGGAAGGCGCCAAAGACAAGAUACUGGACAAGGACCACGUAAGACACACACACACACAGCAAGGCUUUUAUAAUUGUCACCUUUCAUCAGCUGCUCAGUUCUACGCUAUCCCAUCUCCUGUCCUGUGAUAGAGAUGGAACUGGUUUGUGUGUUCCAGGGCAGCACGUGUCACCAGUGCAGACAGAAGACUCUGGACACCAAGACGGUGUGUCGUAGCGGAGUAUGUUCAGGGGGCAAAGGUCAGUUUUGUGGGCCCUGUCUGAGGAACCGCUACGGAGAGGACGUACGCUCCGCCCUGCUGGACCCAGUUAGUAUACACACACAGCCCAUGACCUCGGCCCAAUCAGUACACCGAAUAUAUUGUUUUGUCACUAAAUCAUGUAUUUUUUUUCCCUCUCUAUCUAUCUAUCUAUCUAUCUAUCUAUCUAUCUAUCUAUCUAGGACUGGGAGUGUCCUCUGUGUAGAGGUAUCUGUAACUGCAGUCUGUGUCGACGGAGAGAAGGACGUUGUGCAACAGGACAACUCGUCCAUUUGGCUCAACACAAGGGCCACAGCAACGUCCAAGAUUACCUGGAGAGGUAGGUGCAGUGGUGGAAAAAGUACCCAGUUGUCAUACUUGUGUAAAAGUCAAGAUGCCUUUAUAGAAAUUAACUCAAGGGAAAGUCACCCAGUAAAAUACUACCUGAGUAAAAGUAUUUGGUUUUAAAUGUACUUAAGUAUCAAAAGUAAAAGUAUAAAUCAUUUCAUAUUCCUUAUAUUAAGCAAACCAGAUGGUAUUUUUUAUUUAGGGAUAGCCAGGGGCACACUCCAACACUCAGACAUGUACAAACAAAGCAGUUGUGUUUAGUGAAUCCGCCAGAUCAGAGGCAGUAGGGAUGACCAGGGAUGUUCAAUUGAUAAGUGUGUGAAUUGGACCAUUUUCCUGUCCUGCUAAGCAUUCAAAAUGUAACGAGUACUUUAAAGUACUACUUAACUCGUUUUCUGGGGUAUCUGUACUUUACUAUUAAUAUUUUGGACAACUUUUACUUCACUACAUUCCUAAAGAAAAUAAUUUACUUUUUACUCCAUAUAUUUUCCCUGACAGUAGGCUACUUGUUAAGUAGGCUACUUGUUACACAUUUUGAAUGCUUAGCACAACAGGAAAAUUGUCCAAUUCACACACUUGUUUGGGGAUGCUUUGCUGCCUCAGGACCUGGACGACAUGCCUUAAUAGAAGGAACCAUCAAUUCUGCUCUGUAUCAGAGAAUUCUACAGGAGAAUGUCAGACCAUCCGUCUGUGAGCUGAAGCUGAAGCGCAGCUGGGUCAUGCAGCAAUGAUCCAAAACACACAAUCAAGUCUACAUGAAAAUUGCUAAAAAGCAACACAUUUGAAGUUUUGGAAUGGCCUAGUCAAAGUCCAGACCUAAUCCCAAUUGAGAUGUUGUGGCAGGACUUGAAACGAGCAGUUCAUGCUUGAAAACCCACACAUCACUGAGUUAAAGCAGUUCUGCAUGGAAGAGUGAGCCAAAAUUCCUCCACAGCGACGUGAGAGACUGAUCAACAACUACAGGAGUCACUGGUUGGAGUCAUUGCAGCUAAAGGUGGCACAACCAGUUAUUGAGUGUAAGGGGGCAAUUACUUUUUCACACAGGGGCAUUGGGUGUUGCAUAACUUUGUUUAUGAAAUAAAUGAAAUAAAUAUGUAAUUGUUGUGUUAUUUGUUCACUUAUGUUCCCUUUAUCUAAUAUUAGGUUUUGGUUGAAGAUCUGAUAACGUUCAGUAUCACAAAUAUGCAAAAGUAGAGAAAAUUUGAAAGGGGGCAAAUACUUUUUCAUAGCACUGUAAGUAUAUUUAAAACCCAAUACUUUUAGACUUUUACUCAAGUAGUAUUUUACUGGGUGACUUUCAGUAAAAGUAAUUUUCUAUUAAGGUAUCUUUACUUUUACUGAAGUAUGACUAUUGGAUACUUUUUCCACCACUGUGGGUGUCAGGGGAAAUGUAUGGAGUAAAACAUAAAAAGUACAUUCUUUUCUUUAGGAAUGUAAUGGAGUAAAAGUUACCCCAAAAAACUACUUAAAUAGUACAUUUACAUUUUAGUCAUUUAGCAGACGCUCUUAUCCAGAGCGACUUACAGUUAGUGAGUGCAUUUAUUUUUAUACCCCCCGUGGGAAUCGAACCCACAACCCUGGCGUUGCAAACGCCAUGCUCUACCAACUGAGCUACAUCCCUGCCGGCCAUUCCCUCCCCUACCCUGGACGACGCCGCCCCAUGGGUCUCCCGGUCGCGGCCGGCUACAACAGAGCUUACUUUAAAGUAUUUUUACUUAAGUACUUUACCACUGCAUAGGUGGUGUGUGUGUUGGAGUUGGCUGUGUGUGUGUUGGAUUCAGACAAUAAAGGUUGUUUUAAAUAAAACAUCUCUCUACUUUUCUCUCUCCACAGCAUCCAAAAAGAUCUUAGAGCCUAGAGACAGACCAGACAAGCAGACAGCUCCCCCCGUUGGUCAGGACAGAGAAUUACACCCUGGAGGCCCGGAGGGAGAGACCCAGCAGAGAGGGUGCGUCUCAAUAAUCUCACCUUUCUCCUGAAGUGUACACUCGUUCAAUACUUCCCACACAUCUGAAAGCAUUGGAUU